GCCCGGGGCCGGACCUGGGCGUCGGGCCGAGCGGCCCUUCUGCGUCCCGCUCUCCGCCUGCCCCGCCGCGCCGCGGGAGGAGCUGCCGUCGGAGUGAGCGCCGGAGCCUCCCCGCCGAGGCAGGCCCGGCUUACGCGAAGUGAUGCCACCAAAAAGAAAUGAGAAAUAUCGACUUCCUGUUCCACUUCCAGAAGGCAAGGUUCUGGAUGAUAUGGAAGGAAAACAAUGGAUGCUGGGCAAAAUGAUUGGCUCUGGAGGAUUUGGAUUGAUAUAUUUAGCUUUCCCCACAAAUAAACCAGAUAAAGAUGCAAGACAUGUAAUAAAAGUGGAAUAUCAAGAAAAUGGCCCAUUAUUUUCAGAACUUAAAUUUUACCAAAGAGCUGCAAAAAGAGACCAUAUCGAAAACUGGAUAGAACUCAAACAACUUGAUUAUUUAGGAAUUCCUCUCUUUUAUGGAUCUGGUAUUACUGAAUUCAAGGGAAGAAGUUACAGAUUUAUGGUAAUGGAAAGACUAGGAAUAGAUUUACAGAAGAUCUCAGACCAGAAUGGUACUUUUAAAAAGUCAACUGUCCUGCAGCUAGGUAUCCGAAUGUUGGAUGUACUGGAAUAUAUACAUGAAAAUGAAUAUGUUCAUGGUGAUAUAAAAGCAGCAAAUCUACUAUUAGGUUACAGAAAUCCAGAUCGGGUUUAUCUUGCAGAUUAUGGACUUUGCUACAGAUAUUGUCCCAAUGGGAACCACAAACAGUAUCAGGAAAAUCCUAGAAAAGGCCAUAACGGGACACUAGAGUUUACCAGCGUGGAUGCCCACAAGGGAGUAGCCCUGUCCAGAAGGAGUGACCUCGAGACCCUCGGCUACUGCCUGCUGCGCUGGUCCUGUGGGGGGCUGCCCUGGGAGCGGAGCCUGCGGGACCCUGCGGCCGUGCAAACUGCUAAAACAAAUCUGUUGGAUGAGCUUCCUGAGUCAGUGCUUAAAUGGGCUCCUUCCGGAAGCAGCUGCCGUGAAAUAGCCGAAUAUUUGGUAUGUGCUCAUAAUUUGGCAUAUGAUGAAAAGCCAAACUAUCAAAUGCUCAAGAAAAUCCUGAACCCAGGUGGAAUACCUUUAGGACCACUGGAGUUUUCCACCAGAGGAGAGGGUGCAAAUGUGCAUAUCCCAGACAAUCAAAAAGUUGUUUCUCUAAAGGCUGCCACAAAGCAAGUCAAUCAGAUGCAAAAUAGGUUAAUAGAGAAAAACAUCCAUAGUGAGAGAAGUGCUGAAUCCUGCUUAACAGGGAGAGAAGUACAAAAAGUGGAGCCAGCGACUGGAUUGCUUAGCAGUGAGACAGUUCAGGGACUCUUAACAUCUUCAUCUCUGAUGUGGGUUCCUCCAGCCUCACCCUUACAAUCGAAGGAAAGCACAAGAAGACGACAGAAGUGCUGUAAGUCUCGAGAAAUUCUGAAUGAAAUAAAAAGUUCUCCACAACAAUCCAGGAGCAUACAAUUCCCAAAUUCAUUUUAUGAAUCCUAUCAAGAUUCUGCCAGUCCAGACAUAGUCAGUAAUUUGAGAUCUUCAUCUUGGUAUACUUACACUUCUACAACUGGUAUGGAGAUAACAGACUUUACUCUUAGUGAAGAGAUGAAGGCAGACAUGUAUUACUAUGGCUUCAUCAUUCUUUUUCUUUUGACUUUAGUAUGUCUUGCUUUAUAUUUUCUAUGAUGAUAUCAAAUAAAAUCCUUUGGAUAAUUUUUAAAGUUGCCAGUUCUUCAUAGAAAUGUUGCAUUCUUA